UGCUAGCUAACGUCAGCUAGCAAGCUAACAGCUGGAAGUGGCUGUUUUAGUUUACGUUAAGUUCAAGAGAUUUCAUAAUAUAAUGCAAUUUGAUUCAAGUCAAUAGGUCAGUUUCUCUCCAGAAACGGUAAGGAAAUGCCACCAAAAAGAGUGAAAAGCGGGACAGUGUCUGCUGCUGGUGCAACGGCAGUUGGAAACAAAGGUUGGGAAACUGGACUCACUAAUGCACCAUUUGAGGAGGAGACUUGGAAGGCCAGCAUUUCUCUGGUGGUGGGAGAGAGGCUGGAGGAUGAGGAGCUGACCGGUGCUCUGCUGCUGGCCGUACAGCAGCCCCUACGCAGGCUCUUCAGCGUGGUCACCUGGGACACCACCCUAGAAAAGAUCCAUGAACUGGGAAACCCAAAAAUCAAGAAGACCAAGGAUGUACCCAUGUUUUAUGAGGUGAUGGAGGCAGCCAAGGUCCUGCUGGAUGCAGGAGAGGAGCUGCCCUGUGACCUGCUGGGUAAACUGCUCAAGUUCCAGCUCCUGGGAGUCAAGGCCAACGACCAGCAGAAGAGAGCCACAGAGAUGAGGGCUGCUGAGGAGAAGGGUAAGGGCAAGGCUGGCAAUGCCUCCCCAACCAAAGACAAAGGUGGUGCCAAGCCUGCCGCCAAAGGUGACAAGGGGAAGAAAGGGGCAGAGCCCAGCGCCCCAACCAAGGACACCAAGCUGAAAAAGAGGGGCGAGGAGGAUGAGACCAACAAGUACAUAGAUGAUGAGCCAGACGAUGGUCCUCAGCACUACAUCCUGGUGGUGGGCUUCCAGCAGGCUCAGCUGGUCUCUGUGCUGGACUCUCUGGGGGUCCAUGUGUCCAACGUUAUCAAGCUGACCUCACAGAGACCAGACCGGCCAGAGGGAUCACUGGAAGGGAGUGAUGACAAACCCCUGGAUGUGGACGCGGAGACUAACAUUAGGAGAAGACAACGGGAGCAGUUCUGGGGUCAGUUGGAAGGGGUGCUAAACAGUGGCUCAGCAUUCUCCAAGCUGUUUGAUGUGGCCCGCCUCAGUCACACCACUAAAGAGAUCCUGCCACCACAAGACAAGGAUAGCCCAGAGGCUAUGCUUGGGUUUGGGACACGUCUGUUUGAAGACGUGGCGUGUCUGAUCUAUGACUGUCUGGACUGGAGGAGACAGCAUCAACACUACCUGAACAACAUGAGACUGGUCCAGGUGCCAUCUGUCCCCAGGGCUGUGGCACUCACCACCCAGGACAGCCCUGCAGAGACGGUUCAGACCACAACGCCUCAGACACCUGGGACCAAGAAGAGACAAGCCCAAGAGGAAACCACUCCAGCAGACCCUGAACCGGCUGCUCUGAGUACUGAUGUGGACAUGCGUUACUAUAACGACCUGCUGGACCAGAUUCCUCCUGAAGCCUCCUCUGUUCCCCUCAUACUACACUGCAUGCUGGAGCAGGUUGUUCUGUUCCCUUCAUACUACACUGGAGCAGGUUCUGUUCCCUUCAUACUACACUGGAGCAGGUUCUGUUCCCUUCAUACUACACUGGAGCAGGUUCUGUUCCCUUCAUACUACACUGGAGCAGGUUCUGUUCUGUUCCCUUCAUACUACACUGGAGCAGGUUCUGUUCCCUUCAUACUACACUGGAGCAGGUUCUGUUCUGUUCCCUUCAUACUACACUGCAUGCUGGAGCAGGUGGUGGCCACAGAGCAGGACAUCCCUCCCCUGUCUACAGCAGACUCAGAGAAGGGAGUAUACAGCCUGGAGAAGAGCCUGGCAGACUACAUGCUGUCUGCUGUCAUGUCUCUGCCUCGCUCAGACCAGGAGAAGAAGACGUUGAGGGAGACGUUUGGUGCUGUGGAGAACACCCAGCAGAAGACUGAGCACCAGAGACCUCUACUGAUCAACUGUCAUGACGAGAGAGACCUGAGACUGCACCACCUGCCUCAGGUCCAUAACAGCUUUGAUGCGGUGAAGACAGAGACAGAGAUGAUGAGAAACACUCCGGUGUGGAAUCUUCUCCGCUCCGUCCGCCCCCUGAGUGGAAAUAGAACCAGACUGGCCCGCAUCCAGGAGCUCACACACUACUGCACCGACGAGUCCCUGAGCUGGCCGGAGGUGGAGAGAGUGGUCAGACAGUUUGUGUUUGAGAGCAUGCCCCUGACCCAGCUGGAGGAGGGAGGCCUACUGACCUCUGCUGGUUCCCCUCAACCUACCUGCCUGCCCUGGGACGACCCGGUCUGCUUCGCCAAGAACUACCUCAGACACAUCAACAAGACACAAGGUAAAGCGUUCCACCACCAGGAUGAAUCAGAGGAGAGUUUGUCUGAUGUCGUAGAUGUUACUGAGAUGCAGAGAAGCCGGAUGCGAUCGCUCAGUGACUGGCACUAUACUGAGCACCACAACGCCAAUGUCUUUCCCCAGAUUCUCCAGUCUGCCUCUCAGUCCUACCGCUGCAUGGACACCUUCUGUGGUAGUCUGGACAACACCCUGUUCAUCGUCUGUCACAAUCCCAUGAGCCCUCAACGCCAGUGCAAGGAAUUAUGGGACAUGGCCCUCCACACCAACGUUGGGUUCAGGAAGUACCUUGAGCACGUGGCCAACUCUAUAUCUGACUGGACCGAGGAGGAGGAGGUGAAGUGGUUAGCUCUGCAGGCCAAGAGAGAGGCAGAGAAACUGAGAGGGCCCACCCCGCCUGACUCCUCAGAGAAAGUCAGGACAGAGUCGGCUAAGGGCACCAAGAAGGGCAGUGUCUCAACAAAACACACUGCAACCUCCCCAGCCAAGUCUCCUAUCCCAGAGGAAGGUCCUCCAGACCAGUACAUCAGAGAAGACUCGCUCAAAGCGUGGAAGAUAGAGCAGCACAGACAGAAGGAGGAGGAACAGGUGAAGAAAGCUAAGAAAGAUAAAGGAGGGAAGGGGGCGGAGCGCGCCGACUCGUCCAAGGAGAACAAGAAAACAACCCCCUCGACAGCGAAGAAGAGCAGGGAGGACGUGACCCCUGACCUGGCUGUGGGGACCCCUGGAGAACAGAGAGCAAAGCUGCAGUCGCCCACCGACGUCUUCACUGGAUUCACUGGUUACAGCAUGGAGGGGCAGCUGAUCCAGGUCUCAGGCCAGGUCCACUCCCUAUACCCCUCUGACGGAGGCCACAUCCAGGUGGAGACCAUCCACUUUGUCCAGGGGUCGACGCUCAUCAAGGUGUGUGUGAUGAAGGACAAGCAUCAUUUGUACAGCCACAUCACCCAGCCAAACAGACACCAGGAGGAGAGCCCAAAGGACGCGGUCCCCAUGGAGACACAGAGUCCCACCAAUAAGAGUGUUUGGCUGGGCUCCUUCUCAGCUGUCCUGGACAGCGGCAUCCACCUCUCCUACAGUCACUACGGCCCCACAGGGGAGCAGGGUGAACACCUUACACUGAUGCUGUCUGUUUCUCUGUCAUUAAACCACUUGGUGUACUGUUCCUGUUAUGGGGACGUAGUCUGGUCCCUAUGUUGUGUGUGGUUUAAGGUGACUACGGUAACAGUCUGGUUGUUGACGUGUCUGGGUGAGAUGGAGGCUGGUCAGGACUCUGAUCUAGACAUACCCACAGACUCCAGUCUCUCCCCCAUCCCCUCGACCCUCCUCUCCUCCUCAUUGUCCCGGGAGAAACUCAACUCCUCCCACAGCGCCAAGGGGGUGCAGCCGUCCAAAGAGACCAACAAGUCUUCAACACACAGAGAGGAAGAGGAGCAGACCAGAGAGUGUGUGGGUCAGGCUGCGUUAUUUGGCAGCGCUCCGUUCCAGAGACUAAACCUCUCCACCCCCAGUGGUCUGCUGCUGCAGUUCCUCAGGGAGGAUACAGACGGCACUACUCCAGAGGGUCAGUGUGUGUUGGUGAGACAGACUUUCCCCCUACACUGCAGUGACAGUAGGGAGCCUCACCUCACAGACCCAUCGUUACACAGUGAGUUGUCUAGGGUCAUCACUGGUCAGGGCACCGUGGUCAAGUACAUGAGAGACGGAUCAACACAGGUGCUGUUUGCAGACGGUUCAGUCAGUAGCAGUACAGACUCAGGACCCAUCGUCUCCUCUCCUCCUGAACCCCCUGCGAAGGAGGAAGAGGUAGUGAAGGAGACUCCGAUACCAGAGAGAAAAGACAGCAAGGACAAGAAGGGUAAACUGGGUUCCAAGCAGAGCCUGGGGGCUGACCAGAGUCAGAGUGACCCAGAGCCCAGGGAGGAGCAGAGGUCAUCAGACAACACCCAGGGCAGACAGGGGGUCUGUUGGGUCACCACCAGCCCCUCCGGACACAGAGUAGCCACCAUGGGGGACCAGACCACAGACCCUGGCCCGGUCCUGGCCUUCAGAGCCACAGACCCUGUCAGCCAAACUGUUGUUAUCACCCGGGAGGACAAGGUGAUGUCUGUGCUGGACAGAGACGGGACGGUGAUCAUCGACCAUGCAGACGGAACCAGGAUCACUACCCUGUACCAGGAGAGAGAGGCUCUCAGUGGCUGGUCCCAGGAACACAUUAACACAGGUUAAAGGAUAUCACUACCCUGUACCAGGAGAGAGAGGCUCUCAGUGGCUGGUCCCAGGAACACAUUAACACAGGUUAAAGGCUAUACUACUACCCUGUACCAGGAGAGAGAGGCUCUCAGUGGCUGGUCCCAGGAACACAUUAACACAGGGGAGAGGUCCAGCAGCAGUGUGUGUAGGAAGGAGAAGGUGGUGAUGGUGGAGCGCCUGGGGUUUGCCACGGUAAACAUGUACGGCGAGGGCAGGUCCUGCAACGUGUUCUUUGGAGACGGGAGCGUCGUCACCGCCACCUGCGACGGAGCGUACCAAGUGUACCCGUCCAGUGUAGGUCUGCUGUUCAUCAACCAGGACGGUAGUUGUGUGUACACGUCAGACCCUGAACACAGCCCAACCCUGAGUCUGGCCAGCUGGAGUCCCAGAGAGCAGCCAGGCAGCUACAGGAUGAACCACACCUCCACCUCAGACACACUGUGUGAGGUCACAGACCACCACGGGAACCUCUUCCAGGUGAUGAAGGAUGGCCAGGCAUCAGUGGAGAUCUCUAGCCCUCUGGACAGCAGAGUGGAGGAGGAGGAGGAGGAGGAGGGAGGGCUGCCAGAAGAGAGAGAGCUGGCCAAGCAUUCUUUUGGACGUAAAGUCCACAUUCCCAGGUUGUUCAUGGCCCAUGAGGACGGUUCAGGCACAGAGCUGCUGCACUCUCAGACAGUAGAGGAACGUUUGUAUGAGGACUACUCUGACCCUGCUGUCGCCCUACUUAAAGAACCCCUCCCAGACCUACAGGGUGUGCUGGGUAUAGCGGUGCUGAGACCCUCUCGUCAGGACGUGUGGUCCAGAUGGGUCAUGCAGAAACAGAACAAGGACAUCAUCCCCACCAACCUCAGGUCCCGUCGCUGGGACAGCUUCCCCUCAGUAGAGAGGAAGACUCCAGGUCCUCGGUUCGGGACCACUCUGGGCCGGGGUCUGACCCUGAGAGAGAAGCCUGUUUCUGAGGCCUGCAGGCCCGUGCUGAGCUGUCCUGAUACACUGGAGGUCCGACAGCUGCUCCAGUACCAGCCAGUCAGCAGACAGCUCCGCAGGACUCUGGAGACUCGCCUCAAGGAGUACAUGGAGCAGGUUAUCCAGAGAGAGAACCUGACAGAGAAGAUGCAGCUAAAUGACCCUCGUACUGAGGAGGAGAAGAUCCACGCUGCUGACCUGCUCAAACUGGGUCCUGGUCAGUCAGUACACACACACACACACACACACACACACACACACACAGAAGGAGGAGAAGUACACACACACACACACACACACACACAGAAGGAGGAGAAGGUCCACGCUACUGACCUGCUCAAACUGGUCCUGUCACUUCCAGAGUCAGAGCACCCCACUAUAGAGAACAGAAUCUGUCCCGUGGAUGCAGCCACCCUGUACAUCCAGGCAGUGAAGACUCCAGCCCUGCAGACUGAGGCCUCACUCUCAGAGAAACACACAGACAGCUUCAGCAAAGAGGCGAAGGAAACUAUGUGGAAGAGCAGGAUAGAGCAACACAGACAGGAGCUGGACCAGGAGAAGAUUUACAGAGAGGCUCUAAGGAACAGAAUCAUUCCUCCUUAUUUCCACUCAGAGAAAGGAGCAGGUUUUGAGUACUUGGAGGUCCCUGAUAUGAGAUCUCUGUCUCAGGACCUUCCUCCAUUCCCCAACACUCCCAACUCCCAGAACUACCUCAGAGAUGCCCCUCGGGAGACAGCAGCCCAGCGACCUUUGAACCCCACGCCGUCUCACGCAGCAGGAAGUGAUGCGCUGCCUAGGAGACCCACCAACCCCACCCCUCAAACUGCAGGGGACAGCUCUCAUGGUGUCUCUACAGUGAAGCAGCAGCAUGGUGGUGGUAUUGGGCCUGGCAGUACCCAGGUGGACGUGGCAGGGAACCCACGCAGACACAGAGUCAAGCUGCCAGCCUCCAUCCUCAGCUCCAAACCCUUCAGCGUGCCCAACCAGCAGUUCCUGUGUGUAGAGGAGCCGGUGAGGAGGAAGGUGAAGACUGUGUCUGUGACGGGGGGGCAGCAGCUCGCCCCACGGGGGUUUGAGCUCCUCCCAGCAGAGGUCCAGUUUGGGACCCUAAAGGAGGGCUGCAGCUACAGCGUCCCCGUGCUCAUGAAGAACGUGGGCUUCCACACCUGCAGGUUCAGUGUGAAACAGCCGUCCCCUGCUACUGGAAUCAGAGUCAUCUACACCCCUGGACCUGUGGCUGCUGGGAUGAAGACUGAGCUUCAGGUGGAGCUGUAUGCCAUGACUACAGGUCUGGAGGAGUCUGCAGAGGGAGAGGUCUACAUCUCACACCACAUCCACAUCAAGACUGAGACUGAGAUCUUCUACCUGCCUGUCUUAGCUACCAUCCUCCCCGAGCGUCUGUAUGACACCAGGACCAAGGAUCAUACCAACGGGCUCCAGACAGGGGUAUCCAAGGUCCGCCUCAUCUCCUCCACCCCCUCAGUCAGACGUGGAGUGGUCCUCCCUCGCAGACCUCUUCUUUCCACCACCGGUGAAAUUGAAUCAGACGGAUUGAGACGACUUAUAUAAAACAACUCACUGUGCUUUGGGGUUUUAGUCACAUAUUGCCGUUGUUCGAUGGCUGUUAAAUAGAAUACAUCUUAGGAAUAAAGAACAGUGAUAUAACA